AUGUCGUCGAAUCCCAAUAAUAACCCAUCCUUCGCGCAGUCCCUCCUCGCAGGCGGACUCGCGGGGACGUCCGUAGACCUCCUUUUCUACCCAAUCGACUCCCUGAAAACGCGACUGCAAUCAUCACAGGGCUUCAUCGCAGCUGGAGGCUUCCGUGGUGUCUAUCGAGGGAUUGGCAGUGUGGUCGUCGGGAGCGCACCCGGAGCUGCUGUAUUCUUCGCCACAUACGACACUCUCAAGCGACAUCUACCUAUACCCGAGCAUCUGGAUGCCGCAAAACACAUGCUUGCUGCUUCCGCAGGUGAAGUCGCUGCAUGCCUCAUCCGCGUUCCAACAGAGGUUGUGAAGACUCGCUCUCAAACCAGCUCCUAUGGGGCAAUCUCAUCCUUCGGCGCCGCCCGCAUCCUCCUCGCCAGUGAAGGCCUUCGUGGCUUCUAUCGAGGCUUCGGAGUCACCGUCAUGCGCGAGAUUCCCUUUACAUCGCUCCAAUUCCCGAUGUACGAGUGGUUCAAACGACGCCUAUCAAUGAUGCUUUAUGACCGACCCGGUGCACUGCAUGCGUACGAGGCGGCCGCGUGCGGGAGUGUAGCUGGCGGAAUCGCCGCUGCGGCGACAACCCCUCUGGACGUGUUGAAGACACGUAUAAUGCUUGACAUCCGGGACCCGAAGACGACAUCGAAUCCGUCCGUAUUGUCGCGAGCAAGAAGCAUAUACGCGAAUGAGGGUAUGCACGCGCUCUUCGCGGGCGUCGUACCGCGUACGCUAUGGAUUUCGGCGGGAGGCGCCGUCUUUCUUGGCGUGUACGAAUAUUCUCUUGGGGCGAUACGUGGGGAAGGAAUUCAUUGA